CCCUCCCCGUUCCCGUGCGCCAUCCAAUCCAAACAAGGCUGGGAGAGGAGGUACGGAUCGACCAAAGACCGGCGGCCGGCGAGAGGGAGGACAAAGCGGAGAAGGCGAGCGAGGAAAGAUGCGGACUCGCGCGAUCCGCGAUGCCUAAAAAUUUCAACGGAGGCCGCGAUCCCAGGGAUAGGCGGCGAGAAGAGAAAGCCUCCGGUUGCUUGUGCGCAAGGCAUAAGGUGAGGUGAGCAAGACUCGCUCGGCCACCGGGCAUAAGGUGAGGGACAGACUAGACUAUGCAGGCCGCCGCCCCAUGGAUGAAGAGCCUGCCAGUUGUAAGGAACCACCUCGGCGACCCCACGCGCCUCGCCGCGUCGUCCUUCCACUCCACGCCCAUUUCGCUCGCAAAGUGGAAGACCAAGUGGGAUACUUGCAAGAAUGAAAAAGGAUCACGGAAGGCAUCCAAGAAUUAUGAGAGGUAUGUUGUUCGCCAAAACCGGGCAGAAGCAAAGAAGGCCCUAAAAGAUUAUCUUCUUUUUGGAAAGCCCUCGCCUCAUUUGCAGGAUGGAAGUACAGGCAACUUUGCUAAUUCUCAUCAAAUUCCACGAUUCAAAACCUUUAAUAAAGGACAUCAUACUCACUGUUCAUGGAAGUUUCGACAAGGAGUACACAAUCACAGAAAGAGUAAAAAGGACAAGGCCAGGUUCUGCAAUUUCUUCCAUGAGGACCAUUAUGUGCACCCUGACGAUAUCUUUGAAGCCAUCUUUGGUGCGCGUCAUGAUUUUACUUGGUCACAUAUAUCAUGGGAAAGUUUUCGCCUCAGAGACAAAUCGUUCAGAUUUAGAUGGAGCGGUGAAUCACGCAGAGAAAAAAUUCCAAGCGACAGCGAAGAUGAAAGCAAGGAUGACACCAACGAAAAAACCAGCGUUGGUUCACAUGCCCACAGGGUCAUCCUUGGAUUACAAUCAUGUGGUCCACUAACUCUAGAUGAUGUUAAAACCGCUUUUCGGGCAUCUGCUCUACGGUGGCACCCUGACAGGCACCCGGGCUCUUCACAGGCCGUGGCCGAGGAAAAGUUUAAGCUAUGCGUGAAUGCAUAUAACUCACUCUGCAGUGUCCUCAAGGCUGCUUAGUAUCGUGGCUCUGCAGUCACUGGAGGCUGUCACUUGUAUCAUCUAGUAUCAGUUUCGCAAGGCUCAGGAGUUGAAAGCUUUGAUCGAUGCGUUGGUGGAAGGUUCUUUUAUUUCAGAUUUCAUUUGAGCCAUUUUUCGACAUGGAAGGAUGCUGUGUUGUAACUUGUAUACUAGCAUCAAAUGUAGCAUUUGAUUUUAUCAAAUUCUGAAAGGGGGAAUAAAAGGAACUUGUUUGACACAA